AGACAGCAAAACCUAGGUACUUUACUCCCUCACCAUGUCUUCCAAAGAACUCCCCCCCUCGACAUCCCCCUUCUUCCCCAACAUCUUCUUCUACAACCAAUUCCGCGCCAAACCCAGCUGGCCCCCGGCCUCGACCAACCUCACCGGCCAAGUCGCCAUCAUCACGGGCGGAAACGCCGGCCUGGGCUACGAGUGUGCCAUGCAGCUGCUCUCCCUCCGCCUCACGCACCUGAUCCUCGCCGUCCGCUCCCCAAGCAGAGGCGAGGCCGCGGCAUCCAAGCUCCGCCACGCCUACCCCAAAUCCACCAUCGACGUCUGGCCACUCGACAUGAGCUCGUACGACUCCAUCCAGACAUUCACCGCGCGCAUCUCAAGCCAACUCCCCCGUCUCGACACCGUCAUCCUCAACGCGGGCGUCCGACACACCAACUUCCUCUCCGUCCCCGGCACCGGCCACGAAGAAACCAUCCAGGUCAACUACCUAUCCACCGUCCUACUAACCAUCCUUCUUCUCCCCAUUCUGAAAACCAAGUCUCCGUCCGGAAUCCCAGGGCGAAUCACAAUCAUCAACGCCGCCCUUGCCCUCCUCCCCAAACUGCCGAGCGUCGACGAUGAUGCGCCACUCCUCAAAUCCUUCGACAGCCCCGCCCAGUACGAUGCCAACGGGCACUACUGCAUGUCGAAGCUCUUUGCGCACGCGUUCCUCUACAAGCUGGUCGACUAUGUCUCUGCAGACGACGUGGUCGUUAACCUAGCGGAUCCGGCUUUCGUCAAAGGUACCGGUCUGAUCCGUGAUGUGAAUACCGUCGGGAAGGUGUUCAUGGCGCUGUUUGGGGCGCUGUGCGGGCGGACGGUCAAGGUCGGUGCGUCGACGUUCGUUGAUGCGGCGGUUGUUAAGGGGAAAGAGUCGCAUGGGUGUUUUUUGAUGAGCUGGAAGAUUGAACCGUUUAACUCGUCGUUGUAUACGUCUGAUGGGGAACGGGCUGUUGAGCAGCUGUGGAGGGAAACCAUGGAUGAGCUGGCUUUUGCGGAUGUGAGGGGUGUGCUUCAGAGUAUGAAGAAGGGUUUGUAG